GUAUAAACUACGAAACCGGACAGUGGACCUUUAGCCGUCCUCCAGUUGAACUAAAGUAACGGAACGGGGGGAAAUGGCGGCUGAGUCGGAACCGGGCGGCGGGUCUUUUCCGGUUUGUGGAGUCGCGAUAGCGGUGGUGUCAAGUUUCAUCAACGGCUCCACUUUUGUGCUCCAGAAAAAAGGAAUAUUACGGGCACGCGACAGAGGAGUUUCCUACCUCACGGAUGUGUUCUGGUGGAUCGGCACCUUGUCCAUGAUUGUUGGUCAAAUUGGGAACUUCCUGGCGUACAAUGUGGCCCCGGCUGUGAUCGUGACCCCCCUGGGAGCCCUCGGGGUCUUGUUUGGGGCCGUGCUGGCCUCCUGGAUCCUGGGGGAGCACCUGAACCUGGCGGGGCAGCUGGGCUGUGUGCUGUGCUGCUGCGGCUCCGUGGUCCUCAUCAUCCACGCCCCCCAAGACGAGGCCGUCGCCACCCGGAUGGACUUUGAGGCCCGGCUUUCAGACCCAGUGUUGGUGGCGUACGGGGUUCUGGUGGUCCUGGUCCUGCUGGUCCUGGUCCUGCUGGUGGUCCCGGCUCACGGCUCCUCCAACAUGCUGGUGUACGUGUCCAUCUGCUCCCUGCUGGGCAGCUUCACGGUGCCCAGCAGCAAAGGCCUCGGCCUGGUGGCGCCGGACGUCUUCGGGUCGGCGGCGCCGGGCGGCGGGGGGGCGCUGCCCCUCUUCCUGGCGCUGCUGGCCACGCUGGCCUUCAGCGUGCUGGUCCAGUUCUUCUUCAUCACGAAGGCCCUGCAGAGCUUCAGCUCCAACGCCUUCGAAGCCGUCUACUACGUGGCGUUCACCUGCAGCGCCACACUCGCCUCGACGCUGCUCUUCGGGGAGUGGGUGGAGCUUACCGCGGCCGCCGGCGCCGCCGUGCUGGGCGGCCUGGCCGCCGUGUGUGGGGGCGUGGUCUUACUGCGCAUGUCUCAGGAGGCCUGCGUCACGGGGAGGAAGACGAAGAGCGAGUGAUGAAGAGGACGCCGUGGUGACUUCAUCACAACAACAUUCACACGCAACAGUUAACCAUCAAACCGCGUUUUAGAACUGGUUUUAUUUAUCUAUCUUCAUGUGUGUUUAUUUAUUCAUCAAGAAGAACACCAAAAAUAUAUAUAAUAAUUAAUAAUAAUAAUGAUAAUAGCCUAAACCAGCAAUGUUGAGGCCCAACAAACAAACUGGUUUAAAGGUCAAAGACUGAUCAAAAUAAACAAUAUAUAAAACAAUUUUAAAAAUCCAUACGGAAAUAAUUAACUCAUAAAUACAAGUAAUUAAAGAAAUUUGUUUACUAAAAUUAAUUAAUAAUAUCCACAUUAAAUAAAGCAGUCUGUAAACAUAUUUUUUUAAAGAAGUGAUUAAAAAUAUUAUAAAGAAACAAAAGAAAUGAGACAGAAGAAAGUAAACGAAGUAUAAAACUAUAGUUGUAAUUAUAGUUGUAGAUACUGAGGCUGGUUCUGUAUUUAAAGCUGAUAAAGAAAUGAGAGGAAAGACUGACCAGAUUAUAGAUAUGAAUAUAAUACUAAUACAUGUAUAAUAAUUAUAGAAGUAAUUAUUCUUUAUAAUAAUGAAGUUUCACUGAACAUCUUAUGGAACAUUUCUCGUUACUAUGUAACUCUUAAAUAACAUUGCACAUUAUAUGGUUUGAAUAUAAAACAUUUUUUUUUAAAUACAUACAAUAAAAAAUAUAUUUUAUUAAAUAUUAAAAUUAAAAAUUAUUUAAGAUGAAUCAAUAAAUAAA